GGCUCGCUGAAUCUUUGUAGUCAGACCGGAAAUGGGAAAGGCGGAGAAAUGGUUCUGUUCCUUUGGCGUGUUGCUAACUAGUAACAGUGUGUCGUAUGCACAAGAAAGCGGCAUCAUCUGGAGAAGGAAUUCGGUCAGCCCCAGUACCACUAGCGCUUUUAAAAUGCUUUUCGCUUUGCUCUCAUUCAUACCCUUCCUGUUUAGUUUCGCUGAAACCAAGCAAAAAGAUUUUUAUACUUUUAAAGUUGUAAACAGUAGAGGGAGAUUAAUAUCCUUGGAAAAAUACAGGGGUUCGGUGUCGCUGGUGGUGAACGUGGCGAGCGAGUGUGGCUUUACCGAGCAGCACUACACGGAUCUGCAGCAGCUGCAGAGGGACUUCGGACCCUACCACUUCAACGUCCUAGCGUUCCCCUGCAACCAGUUUGGGCAGCAGGAGCCCGGCAGCGACCAGGAGAUCGACAGCUUCGUGCGCCGGGUCUACGGGGUGUCCUUCCCUCUCUUCAGCAAAAUCGCCGUCACCGGAAACGGGGCUAAUAAUGUCUACAAGUACCUGUAUGAGUCUUCUGGGAAGGAACCUGACUGGAAUUUCUGGAAGUACCUGAUAGAUGUGAGUGGGAAAGUGGUGGAUGCUUGGGGGCCCACAGUUCCCGUUAAAGAGAUCCGACCUCUCAUCUCUGACAUGGUCCGGCAGAUUAUCCUGAAGAAGAAAGAUGAGCUUUAGUGUGGAACACCUGGAAGCCCAAACCUGGAAGACCCCACGAAAGCCCCUAAAUUUCACACCUAAACCCCAGCCAAUGGAAAGGGCAUUUUUUUUGCCUGGGCAAGGAAAUAAAACUUUAAAGUGUGUAUUACAGUUCUGGUAAGCCAAAUUGGGACCCAGAAUAUGGGGUAAGGUCCAAGAGCUCCCUUGAGGAUUGGGAUAAUUUCAGAUAUUAAAGUUUGUAAUAUUUGGAUUUAAGAGCGAUCACAGGGUGUUGUCUUGCUUAUGCCACUGAAAAGACUUGUGUUAGCCACUUAAUUUGCUUUGUAAAUGGUUCUAUCCAUAGUCUGCAAACUCCGGGUACAUUUAUGAAAAGAAAAUAAAGAGGCUUCAAGUCACCUCAUUCAA